UCAAAUGCAAACUCUUUUCAGUGCCAGAAGACUCGGAAGCUGAUAUGGACGAUGAUACUCAGGCUUUACUAACCAGCGAUUUCGAAUUAGGCCAUUACAUUAGAGAACGCAUAGUUCCUAGAGCCGUGCUCUACUACACAGGCGAAGGUUUAGAUGACGAGGACGAGGAUUACGAGGACGAGGACGAGGGGGAUGAUGAUGAGGAUGAGGAGGACGAGGAAGAGGAGACCUGCUGA